AUUAGUAACAUAAAAAAUAAGUGUAACAAAUGCAUACAUUUAUAGCAUUGGCUGGACUUGGGUAAAUCGAUUACUAAACAAGUUAAGGACAUGCAGGAAGUUUUGUUUAGCUUUAGAGUCAAAUUUUACCCCCCUGAUCCAUUCAAAUUAAAAGAAGAAAUAACACGUUAUCAAAUCUUCAUGCAGCUAAAACGUGAUUUGUUACAUGGUAGAUUAUGUUCUCCUAAUGAAUCGAUUAUGCUAGCUGCUUUAAUAAUUCAAGGUGAGUUAGGCGACUAUGAUCCUGAAGUUCAUGUAGGUAACUAUGUCUCAAGUUUUCGAAUUUUGUUAAAGCAAACUGAACAAAAUGAAGAAAAAAUAAUGGAAAUCCAUAAAAGAGAUUUAAAAGGACAAAGUCCCUCUCAAGUUGAAAAUAAAUUUCUCAAAAUUGCGUCACAGUUAGAUACAUAUGGUGUUGAUCCACAUCCAGCAAAGGAUCACAAAGGUACUCAACUGUACUUGGGUAUUAAUUACAGUGGUAUUUUAACAUUUCAAGGAAGUAGAAAGACCCAUCACUUUCGUUGGCCUGACAUUCAAAAAAUUAAUUAUGAAGGAAAAAUGUUCAUAAUUCACCUUAAUUAUAAUGAAAAAAAACAUACAAUCGGUUUCAAAUGUGCCACUGGGGCAUCUUGUAAAUAUGUUUGGAGAUGUGCAAUAGAGCAAAUGCUGUUUUUCACGCUGCCAUGCAGUUCAGAUGCUCCACCAGUUGUAAUAGGUGGCGGCUUUUUUUCGUGGGGGACGAAGUUCAAAUACACUGGUAGAACUGAACGAGAAAUUUUAGAGGACGCUAAUCCAUUGGAACGUAAGGAACCUAAAGUUCAGCGCACAUCUAGUAUAAGUAGGAAAGCUGCAAGUGUGCCUGCUACACCAUCCACGCCAUUACAGCCUCACUUAGGUGUUUAUCAUAUACAUAUGUAGUUAUACAUUAUACAUUCAGUACUUCAAAAACCAAUUUUCCAAAAUUUCAAUAUCUGCUAUUGUAUGGUCUAAUCACAGCAUGUUCUAUACAGCACUAUUUUUAUAAUCACAUACAACUUAUUAUAUAAAUAUAUAUACAU